GGGGCGGGCGGGCUCAGAACCAAGAUGGCGGCGGCGCUGGCGGCCGCGCUGCGGGCCCGGGCCCUGCUCUGGGCCGGGGCCUUGGGGCUGAGCCUGGGCCUGGCCCCGGGCCGGGCCGCGCAGGUGCCGCUGCUGGCCUGGUCCACGCGGAGGGCCCUGUGGCCGCCGCCGGGAGCCGGGGGCCGGGUGGUGACGGAGGAGGCGCUGCGGGAGCUGCUGGGCCCGGCCCUGGAGCGCGGGCCCCGCACGGUGCUGCUGGUGCUGCAGGACAAGCUCAGCAUCGAAGACUUCACUGCCUAUGGGGGGGUCUAUGGGAACAAACCUGACAGCGCCUUCCCCAACCUGGAGGGCGCACUGGGGGCCGCAGGCUCAGCACUGGUGCUGCCGGCGGUGGCUGGGGGCGCCGUGGGGGCCCUGCCCCACACCUUGAGCCAGGCCCUGGGGGCUGCCCCACUGCGCGUGGAUGGAGCCGCCCUGAGGCUGCUGCGGCUCAACACGAGCCUGCCUGCGCUGCUGCUGCUGCGCCUGCCCCACACGGCUGGCUCCAGCCUCAUGGCUCCCAGGGAGGUGCUGACCAGUAAUGAUGAGAUCCUGGGGCAGGUGCUGAGUGCGCUCAAGGAGGAGGACGUGCCCUACACGGCCCUGUUCACUGCCCUGCAGCCGUCCCACGUAUCCCAAGGGCCCGGGGGGGCUCCGCUGCUGCCCCACGGGCGGGCCCUGCUGGGGGCGGGGCCCGAGGAGGAAGGGGCGGGGCCGGAGCCGCAGACCACGCCCCCCGCGCCCCUGCGCUGGCCCCCGGCGGGCCCCGCGCGGAUCCUGCUGUGGGCGCGGAACCUCUCGGUCACCUACAGGGGGCAGCAGCGGGACCUGAGCGCCCGCACCUUCGGGGGGGGCGGCGUGGACCUGGGGGGGUCCUCGUGGGAGCCCGGGGAGGCGAGGCUGGUGCUCAAAUACGACGACGUCUUUGGGGGCACCCUGAACAUCACCUUCGUCCUGCGCCGCGCCUGGUUCCCGGUCUCGGCGCGCUCCUGGGCCUGGCUCGCUGAGGUUGGGCUCUCGCUGGGGGGGGGCCCCCCCGGGCGCUUCCUGGGCCGGGAGGGGGCGGCCCCCACCCCCCUGGGCUGGCGCUGUGGGGAGCUGGGGGCCCCCGGCCCCUUCCUGCUGCCCCCCGACCCCCCCGGCCCCGCCAGCGACUGGAGCCUGAGGCUGCUCGAUGUGCAGGUUCAAGCCUUCAACGUCUCCGGGGGGGUCUUCGGGGGGGCGAGCGACUGCGCCGCCUUCUUCUCGCCGGGGACCUGGAUGGGGCUGGUGACGGGGGCGCUGCUCCUGGGGGGGCUCUGCUAUGGGGGGGCCCUGCUCCUGCGCCUGCGCCCCAUGGAUCGCUUCGACGACCCCCGCGGGCCCCCCCUGCCCGUGCCCUCCGGGGAGUGAGCCACGGCUAUGGGGCAAACACCCCCCCAUAACCAUUGCCGGGGGGG